CGUCUGCACUGCGUCGCUCUUCAUAGUCGUUCGCGGAAAUCGUUGUUGCCGCCGCCCGCUGUUUCAGGCAGCUCAGAACCGGUCGUCGAGCUGGCGGAGCGGGAACGGAGCCAGGAGCGAGUCGGCACGGCACUCCGGCCGAGUCGAGCUGGCGGAGCGGGAACGGAGCCAGGAGCGAGUCGGCACGGCACUCCGGCCGAGUCGAGCUGGCGGAGCGGGAACGGAGCCAGGAGCGAGUCGGCACGGCACUCCGGCCGAGUCGAGCUGGCGGAGCGGGAACGGAGCCAGGAGCGAGUCGGCACGGCACUCCUGCCGAGUCGAGCUGGCGGAGCGGGAACGGAGCCAGGAGCGAGUCGGCACGGCACUCCGGCCGAGUCGAGCUGGCGGAGCGGGAACGGAGCCAGGAGCGAGUCGGCACGGCACUCCGGCCGAGUCGAGCUGGCGGAGCGGGAACGGAGCCAGGAGCGAGUCGGCACGGCACUCCGGCCGAAUCAGGAGUCGAGCACUCAGGAUGACCGAACGGACGGAGCGAGCACGAAAGACGACCUGAGCCGACUGACGGGAAGUCUACCAGAGCCUGACAGUGCCUCACCCAUCCCGGAGUCCAAAAUUACGAUGAUGCUGCGUGGCCGGAAGCUGCACGUGGUCUGCUUGCUGGCGCUGCUCAGCGUUCUGCUGCUGGCCGUGUACCAGAUGCGGCCGCAGCUGUACGUCUGCAGCACCGAACCGCUCUCGACCGACGGCGUGCCAGAGAUGCGGAUGGCGUCGAUCCUGGCCUGCCCGCCGGUGCUGGUCGAGUCGGUGCAGCGGCCUCGGCCGGCGACCGCGUCCGCCCUGCAGCGGGUGUACGUCAUCACGCCCACCUACCCGCGCGCCGUCCAGGUGCCCGAGAUGACGCGCCUGGCGCAGACCCUCAUGCUGACCUCCAACGUGUUCUGGGUGGUGACCGAGGAUGCGCCGGUGCGCACGCCGGCCGUCACUGAGAUCCUGCAGCGCUCCGGACUGCCGCACGUCCAUCUUCUCGGUUUAAAGCCCGACAAAUAUUCUCGCAACGACUUCGAGGGUCCAGUACCAAAAGGUGUAUCCAACCGCAUGGCUGCAUUGGAAUGGCUGCGGAAAAACACCGACAGCGGAGUCUUCUACUUCGCUGACGACGACAACACUUAUGACUACCGCCUAUUUGAAGAGCUCGCCAAGACGAAGCGCGCCUCGGCCUUCCCCGUGGGUCUGGUGACCAUAUUCGGCCUGAGCACGCCGGUCGUAGAAAACGGAGUCCUCACUGGCUUCUACGACGGCUGGAUAGGCGGUCGCACCUUCCCUAUGGACAUGGCCGGUUUUGCAGUCAGCGUGGAGGUGCUGCUGCAGCAUCCAAAGGCGGCCAUGCCGUUCAAGGCGGGUUAUGAGGAGGACGGUUUCCUGAAAUCGCUCGGCCUGAAGGAAGAGGAUCUGGAGCCGCUGGCUGACAACUGCACCAAGAUCAUGGUGUGGCAUACGCAGACCAAGCAACCGAGGGUGCCGUUCUCCACCGUCGACAUGGAAGAUUACCGCAACACCAACCUGGAAGUACUGCGACACGUGGUCAAUCCCAAGCCCAGUUCCUGGCGCUCCCCGCCGGCGCCCGUGCGGCGACCGGCGCCUCCCGUCCGACCCAGUGUCGCCAUCCUGACCACUUCCGGCCCUCGUCCGAGUCGCCCCGGCACCGCCACCGUGCGGCGGACUUGGCUGCCCGCCCGGCCUGUGCUCCGG